GUAUUCGGCUUCAGUCCAGCGGCCGCGAAAUAACUUUGCGCUCAAUCGUUAACACCCUCUCUCCACUUGAAUGAAGCACCGGCGACGGGGAAGUCGGCGCAGCGGAGAAGUUCUGUCCCUCACCCUCGACGAACGCAGUCUGCCCUCAGAAUCCUCGCUCUUGUCCGUUGCCACGAAUCUUUAUAAGCCGGCCGCGACGUGAUCAGAAAGGCAAUCUCACACUUUCGCAGCUGUCGAGUCCGAUUUCGCAGGAGUUGUAUCAAAGAAUAGCGGAAUCUCGCUUAAUUCUACUGAGCCGGUGCAAAAUGUGCGAUUUCGAAAAGUGCGCCGCCGACGUGAAGAACCUCAAGAGCCGACCGUCUGAUGACGAGCUGCUCAGCUUGUACGGUCUGUACAAACAGGCGACCGUUGGGGACGUCACCGGCGACGCCCCUGGUCUUCUCGACGUGAAGGGUAAAGCCAAGUUCAAUGCCUGGACCAGUCGGAAGGGUAUGUCUCAGGACGACGCGAAAGCUCAGUACUGCGCGCUGGCUAAAGAAUUGAUGGCGAAACACAACUGAGAUACCCAAAUAUUCCAUGCGCCCAAUGCACAACAGGGCGCGUUUAGUUUUAACCCGCAACCUAUGGGGGGAGCGGCGUACCGAUUUCGGAAAAAAGGCUCCCCCAAGCAACUCACUUCGAUACCAAAAUCCUCUAAAGCAAGAGACCUGAAUGCUCAAAUAAACAUUAGGGUUUAAACGAAUU